UCCCUUAUUUGUCUGGCCAAUUACAGCUCAGUACCUAUUACUUUCUUCUGUGCCAUGUUACAGUGUUGGAGAAAGUGCACUGGACUAGACUAAACAGGCUGGUACUGUUGAUGGGGAUAAUUUACACAGUACAGUACUAUAGAAGGCCCGUGGGCGGGAGAAGGGAUUAUUGUACUGUGUCCCGUCAGUUGAAGAUGACCUGCUCCUUGCUCGUGUCUAUAUAAGCUUCUUAAUGUAAUGGAAGUAACUUGACAUCUUGGAAUAUUUCCUUUUUUCACUUCUCGCUACCUGUUUCACUUCCUCCGGUUGUCCUUUUGCUGACUGUAGCAGGUGGAGAGGAUUGAGCAGCGAUGUCUGGAGCUGUUUGGAAGAGAUUAUUGUUACAGCAUCAUCCAGAACCCCAAUGGGGAGCUGUGUAGCCACUACCCCCGACAGAUCGUCUUCAUGGAGUACGAGAGCACAGAAGAUGACAAGCACAUGUUUGAGAGUACGGUGCAUGUCAGCAAAUUACAAGACCUUGUUAACCGCAGUAAAAUGGCGAGAUGUAGAGGACGCUUUGUCUGCCCCGUUAUUCUUUACAAGGGAAAGCACAUUUGCAGGUCAGCAACUCUGGCCGGAUGGGGGGAGUUGUAUGGACGCACCGGGUAUAACUACAUAUUCUCAGGGGGCGCUGAUGAUUCCUGGGCAGAUACAGAAGUUGCUGAGGAUGAUUCUGUAGCCAGGAAUGGAGACUCUCAGUUUGACAAAGUUCGGGGCCAUGACAUUAAAUUGUUACGAUAUCUGUCUAUCCGAUACAUCUGUGACCUAAUGGUAGAGAACAAGAAAGUUAAAUUUGGGCUCAAUGUUACCUCUUCUGAAAAGGUAGACAAAGCUCAGCGGUAUGCAGACUUCACGCUUCUGUCUAUUCCUUACCCAGGCUGUGAAUUUUUUAAGGAUUACAAGGAUCGAGACUAUGUUGCAGAAGGCCUUGUAUUUAACUGGAAGCAGGAUUAUGUUGAUGCCCCUUUAAGUAUCCCAGUCUGCUUGACAAGACACUUAAACAUUGACUGGAGGGAAUACCAGAGUUGGGACUUGGUAAAGCAGACACAAAAUUACUUGAGGCUCCUCAUUCACCUCAUCAAUGGGGAUGAUAACAGUGGGUUGCUGGUGCACUGUAUAUCCGGGUGGGAUCGCACACCGCUGUUCGUUUCACUCCUGAGACUCUCACUCUGGGCUGAUGGGAUGGUCCACAGAUCGUUGGAGCCGGCCGAGAUCCUUUACCUGACAGUGGCCUACGAUUGGUACCUCUUUGGACACAUGUUGGUUGACCGUCUCAGUAAGGGUGAAGAGAUAUUUUUCUUCUGCUUCAAUUUUCUGAAGCACAUCACAUCGGACGAGUUCUCCUCGAUAGGGAGGAAAGCACGGCUGAAAAGUUCACAGCCCAGGGAUCCUGGUUUAACAUUAGAAGAUUUCUGUGCAUUAAAACCUCGUGAUCGUGGCAGUGCCACCAGUCUAAGUAGCGACUUCUCAGUUAUUACUGAAGAUUCUCCUAGUGCCUUCGGAAGCUCAAACUGUGAAGCUGUAGACCUCAUAAAUUUUGGAGUGCAAAGCCACGCAGUCUGGAAGAAGACCCAUACCUCCUCCCCGCAAACCGCAGCGUGGACCCGGACAUCAGAAGACCUCUUACACCAGCCGCCAGGAACUGAAGCUAAAUCCUCCAGCUCCUCCUCAUCAAACCACUCAGACAUCUUCCUGAGAGCAGGAAGUAGCCCUCUGGAGGUGCCGCAGCGCAGGUGGGACACGUGGCGAGCCCUUCCUACAUCAGCGGACCAUUCCCUUCCUGGAUCUUCCGUCUCUACAGACUAUGGCAGCUGGCAGAUGGUAUCGGAGGGUGGGAGUGUUCAUGACCAUGGUAUCCUCAGUGCCGGUACCUUCCUCCCCUUCAGCUUCCCAGAUGAGAAACCUAGCAGUGGCCUACACACAGCACAGACAGAACGGGCGGUCCGGCUAGAAGCUGUCCAGUCCAUCUUUCUAUCUGCCUACAACACCAUCAUAGGCCUAAGAACAGUGCCACCAAGCCCCUCAGGGGCAAUCGGUGGUCUCUUAGAACAGUUUGCUCGAGGUGUGGGUCUUCGAGGAGCAAGUUCUAUAGUGUGAUGAACUUCCAGGAAACUUGGGAAUCUAAAAGCCAUGAUUUCACACUUGCGUUCUACAUUCACCUAUAUCGAAGCCAUAUAAGACCAUGUCCAGGACGAGUUUGGGCUUCCCCUUUUAAAUGUUGUGAUGCUAAUGAAAGUGAACAGAUCUUCCAAUCAUAGAAAACUGAGCGAUCAGCGGCCAAGACGGUUUUAAAGUUGUUUUUUUUAUAUUCAUUCACCUGUAUCCAUUGUCACAUAAUCCUAAAUUUGAUAAAACUGUGGCUUUUUAACUAUGAAAUUUAUAUAUUUAAUCACACGUCCAUGACAAGCUGCUUAUUCAGUACUGUACCUCAGAAGUAGGUUAUACAUGGCUUGUAAGUACAAGUCCCAGCAUGCAGUGCUAGUUGGACUUUUAAUACCCACCUGUUACUUAAGAGUAGGACUUUUCUCGUCUUAAAGUUUUCUAAAACAAGGUUUUAAAUUGUUUGCUUCCAUUUAGACAGUUAAAUGAAAGCUAUUUUGGGUUCUCACAGUCACCACUAGGAGGAGCUGCCUUCAUGAAGAACCUAAGCUCCCCCAAUGAUGGCUGUAGACAAUCAGAAAUCAGUCAGAGUCUGCGCUGAGCCCUCCAUCAAUCAUUAGAACAAGAGGGGUAGGGUCUUUACUCCCCAGCUCGCAGUGAUCUACAUCCUAAUUGAGCACUAAGACCCCGACCGAUCAAAACUUUUCCCUGGGAGAUGUCAAAAGGUUUUUAAAAUGACAGGGACACUUUUAUCUCAUGCCUUUUGAGAAGUGAAGCAGAAAUUAAGAGCUUUGUAUUAGAGUGGAGCUCUGACCCCACAUAAAAAGGUAUAAAUAUAUGAGCCAUGUUAAACAAAGAGGUUUUAUUGUAAUGUCCCUGUACUUCAGCAGUCUUGAGUAUGUAGCUGUGGGCUGUGAAGGCAUGCUGGGAAUUGUAGUUUUGCAACUGGAGUCAAAUGAUGUGACUUUUGCUCAGUAGACUAUAUUCCAACUAGAAUAAUUGCUUCUGUAUAUUACAAAAGCCACCACACUCUGCCGGAUCUGCAACAUGAUGGACACCUCCAGCACCCAAUGGACCCCAUUGACUUUUAUAAUGGGGUUGGUUGGACUCCUACAAGGUGUCGGUCUUUUCCUGUCAAUUAUUACAAACCUGCAAUAAUGCAUGCUCUGAACUGACUUUAGCCACAUACUGUGACAUAUAUGGCAUGCACUGUGCUACAGUACAGCAACAAAGCAACUAAAAGUUCUGCGACUUCUAAAUAUACUUUGUUUUCACUGACAGCAAGUAGAGAUUUUGAACACAAGGUAUUGAAGCAAACAUUAUUGUUUACAUAAAGGUGCUGAAAACCUGUAUCACAAGGGCAUGUAGCUUCCUUAGAGAUCAAGUCCAUCUGGAAUGGGCUUAUGGAUCUUCACCGUAUCUGAUCAGAACUGCUUUGAAGUCUCUGCACACAAAAAUGUAAGAUUUCUCUUGCAUUCACUGACAGCAAGCAGAGAUCUUGGUAAACAAAAUAUGUAGCAAAGUGGCAGAACUUUUCGUUACAAGUUUAAAGUGGUACUCUGAUGGGAAUUACAUUUUUUCAAAUCAACCGGUGCCAAAAAAGUGAAGCAGAUUUGUAAUGUGCUUCUAUUUAAAAAUCUAAACCCUGUCAGUACUUAUCAGCUGCUGUAUACUACAGAGGAAGUGGAGUUGUUCUUUUCAAUAUGACCACAGUGCUCUCUGCUGACACCUCUGUCCAUAGCAGAAACUGUCCAGAGUAAAUGCUUAUUGCAAACCUUUAUUGCUCCGGACAGUUCCUGACAUGGACAGAGGUGUCGGCAGAGAGCACCGUGGACCGACAGAAAACAUCUACACCACUUCCUCUGCAGCAUACAGCAGCUAAGUACUGGAAGAAAUAAUUUACAAAUCUGUUUAACUUUCUGGCACCAGUAGAUUUGAAGAAAAUAAAUGUUUCCCACACCGGAGUACCCCUUUAAUAAUACAUAAUACUGGAAAUUCCUUUUUUUACAGGGCAAUCAUUAUGAAUGUUAUUGUUCUGCAGAGGCAGCUGUCUAGUUAGGCCACAUGCUCCAAUGUACUUUACCAUUUAAGUCACUGAGCACAAGAACCAGCUGUCAGUGAGUGUGACCCACACGGAGUUCCUAUACAAUGUCUAUGACUUUUGGAGAUGAGCGAACUUACAGUAAAUUCGAUUCGUCACGAACUUCUCAGCUCGGCAGUUGAUGACUUUUCCUGCGUAAAUUAGUUCAGCUUUCAGGUGCUCCGGUGGUCUGGAGACUCUUUCCUAGGACUGUAUCCAUCUUUUCCAGCCCACCGGAGCACCUGAAAGCUGAACUCAUUUAUGCAGGAUAAGUGCCGAGCUGAAAAGUUUGUGACGAAUCGAAUUUACUGUAAGUUCGCUCAUCUCUAAUGACUUUCUUUACAACAAUGGUUGCUAUCAUGUGCCUCUUGUUGCAAAACUACAACUCAAAAGUUACAUGUCACUGCUUAGCACAAUGAUGCAUAUUGAAAGAGGUGGUUGUUUUCUUAUACAUAACCUGUCCGGCCAACUGUUAACACUUUGUGGGAAGUUCCAUAUAAACUGAUGCACUGCUGUGCCUAGUGCAGGGCCUGAGGGAUGGAGCAUGACACGCAGGGAUAUUUGGUGUUCUUUGAUUCCCUGUAUCUUGCCUCACCCCCUCAUGCCUAGUGCAGGGCCUUACACUUAUCCUUGGAGUGGUGUUUUAAUAAAAGCUCCACUGGGAUACUGGGAUUUGUAGUUCAGCAGCCACAGUAUAACUUCUAGCCCUUUUAUUUUGCUGCACACACUGAUUUUCCUCAUUGUAUCUGUAAUUGAAUUUCUGAUGAACAAAGUAAGAAUUUAUUUUUGCUAUUUUCCAUAUUGCUUAUUUGCCUACUGUUUUUUUUUUCUAUUUAAUUCUGCAAUCAAUUCAAUUAAAGAAAACCAUAUUGUU